CCAUUUCUAGUUUAGAUCGCCAUCUGAUAAACUACCAUUAACUCAGUCACAGGAGCAUUACCUACCUUCACCUGCGAAGGAAGAAACCGAACAAGGAGGAGAGAGAGAGAUGACGCUGGGAGCGACGUCGCAGGCAUACGGAGAGCCAUCGUACUGGGACAAUCGGUACGCUCAAGAGACAAGCCCAUUCGAUUGGUACCAAAAGUACCCUUGUUUGUCCCCACUCCUCCACCUCUACCUCCCCCCUCCUCCUCAUCUCCACCGCGUCCUCGUCGUCGGCUGUGGUAACUCUGCAUUUAGUGAAGGAAUGGUUGAUGAUGGGUAUAUGGAUGUUGUCAACGUUGAUAUAUCCUCUGUUGUGAUUGAUGCCAUGAAGAAGAAAUACAGCAACCGUCCGCAGCUGAAGUAUAUUAAAAUGGAUGUCCGAGAUAUGAGUGAAUUUGAAGCAGGUUCCUUUGAUGCUGUUAUUGAUAAAGGGACUCUAGAUUCCCUCUUGUGCGGCAGUAAUUCACGUCUAAAUGCUGCUAAGAUGCUUGAGGAGGUUGGAAGGGUCCUCAAGAAUAAAGGAGUUUAUAUUCUGAUCACAUAUGGAGCACCAAGUUAUCGUUUACGCUUGUUGAGAGAAUCAUGGUCAUGUACAAUAAAACUUCAUGUGAUAGAAAAACUUCCGUCAAAAGAAAGUUCUGGACAUCAGAAAUGGGAGCUGACCUCUUCUAUUCCGUUGGAUGAUGAUGGAAGCUCGUUGGAAGCAGCUCUUGGAAAGAAUCCAGAUGUGCAUUACAUAUAUGUUUGUAUCAAGGACAAUUCAUCAAGGCCAGGCUUGACGCAUGAAACGCCUCUGGAUUGAAAAACGACGCCUCGAGUCCAGUAUAUUUGGAUUCUUUCUGUUCUACUGGAACUCACUGAAAGUCUUGUCUUGAGGUUGGCAAAUGUGGCUUCCUCUGUUUGUUUACUGUAACUAGGUCUUAAGCAAUCAUCUAAUUUAGCCCUUUUCCUGUCGAGAGUUGUAACUUUGAUUGGUUUUCACAAGUCUAUGAUUAUUACAUCAA